CUCAUUCUCGCCGCCAUCCGUACCCCCCUCGUACAAUAAAAAUCAAUAGAAAAGCCCAGUUACGAUGGAGAGACGAGGCCCAACGCCGGGCUCUGGCUCGUACGGCAAGGCUUGCAUGCAGUGUUCCAAGGCAAAGUGCCGAUGCGUGGCUCGAUCCGACAAUGCCGGUUGCGAAAGGUGCUUCCGUUUGAAAAAGCAAUGCCAGCCUUCAGACUCCAAUCGCAGGCGCACUCUUCGGGACCUUGACAUUGCGAAGCUCGAGGGCAGAAUCGAUACCCUCACAACAAUGCUCCAAUCCAUCGCUACUGCCACCGGAAUAUCUACCGACCCAUACCAUACCGUGAAUGCGCCCUUAAGCAGUGCCGACACUAUCACUGGUGGGGGCAUAAACAACUCCUUGACUGAUGAACCGUCGCAGUCAAGCCCGUUCGGUACCAGUGGCUCGGCCGAGUCAUCUCCACCGCUGCAUGAAGUAGCACUAGAUGAAGCUCCAUGGUAUCUAGACCGCUUCGUCAAUGAUAUGUUGCCAUGUUUUCCUUUCAUUUACAUCCCUCCUGGCACCACUUCUAAGCGCUUAUGCCAAGACCGGCCUUUUCUCGCCGAGGCGAUCAUCGCGGUAGCUACGCCAUCAACGCAAGAGAAACAGGCUCGCGCUGAGAGACUCAAAUAUCACUUGACUAGAUCAGCUGUGCUUGAAAAUCAGUCAAGCAUUGACAUGCUGUUGGGCAUGCUAACUUACAUUGCAUGGAGCACUGACCCUUUCUUCCGACGGGCAAGUAACUUGUCUCGCAUGAUAAUGUUAGCCAUGUCCCUGGUCUAUGAUCUGCGGCUGGGCAAGCCACCACCGCCAGAUGCGCAGGUAAUAGCAACAAUGGCCCCAGGGCUUGGGAGUCUUCAAGAAUGUUCAAACGAGAGUUCGCCGCAGGACCUUCUAGAGCAGCAACGAGCGGUCUUGGCGUGUUUCGUGCUCAGUUCCAUCAUCUCGUUUUCCUUUAGUCGAAUAGUCCCUUUGAGUUGGAACUCGCAGAUGGAGGAUGCGGUCCGUAUGAUCGAGGCAAACAAGGAAUGCCCAUCAGAUGAAAGUUUUGCGAUUCAAGUGCGCCUGCAGGUUCUCUCACAGAGGGCGAUAUUAGUUCGAGAACCUCAGCAGACGAGCCAUCCUAGCGCAACGCAGACGACAACACCCACGCCUUCUGCAACUUCGAUGUAUCUCAAGGUACUACAAGGGCAGCUUAAGGAGCUCAGAGCCGCGUUCUCGCCGAAUCUCCACCGACGAGAUAUGCUCACUGCACAUGCUCACUACGUCGAACUUUGUAUAAAUGAGACGACCCGGCUGGCCUGUUCGGAAGAUCCCAUCCACAUUUCAGGGUCUGGCUCUACGACCGGACUCGAACCCCUAGAGUGUCUGUGGCGGUCCCUAUAUGCCGUCAAGUCGUGGCUAGACGUCUUCUACACGAUCCCACCUGCCACGUAUGUGGGCUUCCCUUUUUUCUUCUGGUUCCAGCUUGUACGUUGCAUUGUGAUCCUGAAACAUCUAUCGACGUUCGAUGAUCCGAUGUGGGACCGUCAGGCCGUGCGAAACACAAUUGACAUGUCGACACUAUUGGAAUGGAUGACUGAGAAGGCCGAGCUAGCUAGCCAAGAGGCUGGUGAGCGAUCUGAAGACGAUAUGUUCCGGCGUGUCAGUAGGUUGUUGCGCCUGUCCCAGAGGUGGGUGAUUGAAAGACAAAGAGCUGCAACGCAGGCAAAAGGAUAUACCACACUCUAUUGUGAUGAACCUUUAGCCACUGCUGCAGAUGAGAUGGCCGAUGCGACCGACAUGGCAUGGAUGAAUGCACUGGAAAGUGGAGACGGGACAUGGCUUGAGGAGGUUCUAGGCUGGUCUCCGAUCGUACUUUAGGCAUGAGCAGUUGGUACUUGCUAGCCAGCUGUAUUUGAUAGACCGGAUUGGCAUAGACCUCAAUCUGAGUAUGUUCAUCAACACGAGCGAGAACGUGAAUUCCCAGGGAUGGAAAUUGAGGCAGGUGCAGAUUGCGACAGAAAUAGGCAAUUGCGAGCAGAAUAGUCAGGGAGCCUAGUCAAGCAACUGAGACUGCAGGGGCACAACAAGAGGGGUAGGAUGAAGGAGACAGAGCGGAG